UAAAUUUGAAAGGGUCCUGAGAUCACGUUCUCCUAAUACACUAAACCUCUUUCUCCUCAAAUCCCGCCUUUCCCGCCCCCUACACGUAGAAUAUCCUACAAAAUGGCAAACUCGUUCAAACUUAAGAAAAUCAAGUCGGUACUAGAGCUAGCCGAGCUCUGUAAGACCGGGGAAGUGUCCAAAUUAGAUACAUGGCGGGCUUUCAAUCGUAUUUUUCGUGUUAGUUCUGCUGAUGGGCAAAUGAAGAUUCCGGAGGCUUUCAAACCCAAGCUAUCGAAGUGGUUUGCUUCUGCAGAGGAUACGAGCUCGGAUCAGAGUAUUCGACGAGCAGAGAUUCAGACAGUAGUGCGAGUGUUUGAUCGCUGGUCAUGUAAUCAAACCUGUUUUAAUGCUGCAAGAGCUUGCAGACCUAUCAACAAUGACAGCAAUGCAAUGUUGAGAAAGGAAUCUGUAUCUUCUGAUGAAAGAGUGGAGGGCUGCGACUUUUGCGACCCUAUGAACUUUACAGCCGAAGAUACAUGGGGGCGACUACAAAAUGCAUCAGUACUUACAGCGUCGAAUGUGGCUAAGUAUGAUGCUCUGCAUACCAUGAUAGUGUUCAAAGAACAUCCUCCUAGCCAUGUCAGCAAGGAAAAAAUCUUUGACAUGUUUGAGGUUGCAGCCCAAUGGUUUGAGACCACACAUAAGAACCACCCAGAAGCUAUCUACCCAAUCAUGUCAUGGAACUGCCGGUCUCGUGCAGGUGCCUCCCAACAUCAUGGCCACGCCCAUAUGCUGCUUGCUGACAGUUUCCACUAUGGCCACUGGGAGAGACUUAACCAGAUCUCGAAGCUUUACUCAGGGGAAUACCCUGGAGAGAACUACUUUGAUGACUUGAUAGAGGCGCACAGGGUACUGAACCUUGCUAAGCAGGUGGGGAGCGCCUGGAUUUUGAUUCACCUUGCCCCGUACUGUGGUUACGAGUUCAAGGUCAUUUGCUGGGAUUUCAACAAUGAUUUCAAGGAGGCUAUUCACAUGGCUGUUGACAUGCUUGUGCAUGUGUUCAGAUCUUACUGUUUCAAUGCCUGUUUUCAGUUUCCCCCACUGGAAAAUGGCAAACUUCAAGAACCGCUUUCUCCUGAGAAUGCAGUCUCUGUAAAAAGGGUGAAGUUAAAUGGUGGUAGGAUGCCAUAUCUGGCCCACAUCGUCGAUAGGGGGGAUAUUACUAGGGGUACUACAUCUGAUGUCUGUAGCAUGCGGAUAUAUGGGAGCGCAAUUGUCAAUGAAGACCCAUUUAUGCUGGCACAAACACUCGAAUGGAUCAAAUGAUUUCCACCAGUCAAAUACUAGAAACUCACAAGGGUUCUAUAUUUUAGUUGGCAAUCUAGGUAUUCAAAAUUCCAAAGGUACCAUGAUUACACAAUCACUUUAGGGUUAUUUUUUAUAUUGGCACAUCACCUGACUAAUAAAUAUGGCUAAUAAAUUUUUCACAUGAUUGAUUAAUGUAAGAGUGAAACAUAUCACGUGAGCAAGCCCGUACCCCGGGGGAGGGGGGGGGGUAAAUUUAGUUGAGUUUUGACAUUUAGAUGAGUUUUGAAAGAAUUUGAAGCGCGCAUUUUAUGAUCGUCUAUUGAAGAAAUCGUCAGAGCGGUUUCAAAUGUGCGAAAAAGUCGUUUACUAUACGACAGAAAUACAUUUAUAUUCUAGUAAUCAUGUUUUUCUCAUUAAAUUAGUGUGUACCAAUCCUUUUUUUUUAUGUGUGCCAUUUGUAAUGCACUAACUAUUAAUGUGCCAUUGAUUAAUUGAAAUAGCUCAAAGGAAAUUAGACAAUAAAUCAAAAGUUAGUUCAUCUGAGACAAGUCUCUACGCAAUUGACAUCCAAAUUCAUUUGAUUGGAAUAUAUUAUUUUUGUUUAGUAUACUCGAUUCGUUUUUUAUGUAUUCGAUUUCAUUUACUUUAUUGUAUCCUGAGUAGAAAUCUGCCGUAUUCUAGCAAUGUUUAGGAAUACCUUUUUCACAAAUCGUGUUGUUUUCUUUCAUAAUUAUGAACUGGGUAUGCUGCUUUCUAUCGCUGCGUACAGUAAUUGGUGUUUGUUCUCUAGCUGCACCUGUGUGUCUGAUAUUAUUACACAGUACUUUUUUAUGAUUCUCCUCUCGCCUUUUACUAAGAUGUAUUUUCGUAAAGAAAUUGAAAAAAUGUAUGUCUGACAUUUUUAUAAUAAAAAAAAAACAUUUUUUUA